AUGACAGCGAACUUUACCAGAUGUAUCAGAUAUUAUAAAGCAUAUCCAAAGAGCUCCGCUGGUUAGUCAUGAGGAAAGUAUGUUAAAGGAAAGGCUGCCCAAGAGGCUACUGCUCUUCAAUCGACCUGCUUCUCGAAGACGUUUGCGCUGGUUUUAUUACCUCCAUGAUGAGUUGGGUGACCGACGUUGGACAGCAAAAUCCUGGGUCAGUUAGGACUGUACUGGUAAUAAUAACGAUGAAAAAUCAAUAGAAAUAUAGCGGAAACUUUUUCGAGUAAAUUUUGUCCGAUCUUUCUUGAAUUAUACAAAUAAUGAACGUAGUAAAAUAAAGUCAAACAUCUCCUUGUAUUCAAUUUUUUUAAACAUAUGAGAGUUUAGUGUAAUUAUGUAAUUUCUCCAAAUCUAACGUUUACAAAAUGAACCAUUGUAGUUUUUUGAUAUUUAUUUGCCUAUUAUCAUACACGGUGUCGCAAUAUCAGGAUGUCAGUCUUCCAGGACAAGUCGGUGAUCAGCACAACUUUUCCGCGUUGAAGAAAAUGUUUUCAUUCACCGUCAGCAUCCAGAAUCUGGAGGCGAGGCUGCACAUAUGCGUCGGUACGGUCAUCACAGCUCUUCACGUCUUGACGGUUUGCCACUGUACAGGUGAAUUUUACAACGCUCUGGACUUCAAACCGUUCAACAUAAGCACUCUUGUCGUCGUUGGCGGCGACGUGUCGGCGGGUAGAGGACAGGCAAGGCUCAUACGGGAAAUGCACCGUCACGAAAAGUGCGACGAUCUCGGUUUCGGCUACUCGCACGAUUACGGGCUGUUGGUGCUUAAAGAGAAGUUCUUCCUCACUGACAGCCUGAGGGCCAUUUCCAUCCGCCAGGCCGACAUGGAACUGAUUAAACACAAGACGUUCAACGUCACCGACAAGCAGAACUGCUAUGUCGCCAGCUGGGGCGAACAGCGGAUCCCCGAAACCAAUCACAAGAUCUUCACAAUCGUCAAAAUUUUCGAUAUUACUCUUUUAACGUUCGAAGAAUGCGAAGCGGCUCUCUGCAAGAGUCCGAAAUGGCGUUGCAUCCACAAUCUGCAGGACCGAAAGCAAAUCUGCGGAUUGGGGAAAAAUGGCGACGUGUGCAGAGGCGACUCGGGCAGUCCGCUCCUUUGCUCCAACUACAUCUACGGGAUGGUCGCUUGGGGGCCGACCUGCGGCGAGAUGUCCUAUCCGUCAGUGUAUGCCAACAUGUACGAGGGAUUGCGAUGGUCGAAACGCUUGCUGCAGAACAGCGGAACGCCCGGUGUCCGAAAGGCAAAACUCAUACUUUCAAUCGUUUUACAUACAUUUUUGAGAUUAAAAAUAUUUUAAAACAGA